AUGGUUGAUGUGAAAACAUUAACGAACGAUGUGAAAAAUGUGCAUGACGGAAGCCCUAGCGAAAGAAAUGGCUUUUCGCAGUUUCAUGGUUAUGUAUGUGCAGCUUUUCUACGGAUGUGGUCGAAAAAUUUGCAGGCGGAGAAAGAUUUUCAGGUACCUAUUCUUCAAGUGUUAUUUGAAAAGCGAUUUCGAGUGUCUGUCAACGCUACUUUUAAGAUGAACUGA